AUGGGUGGUGCUGUGGCGCUGAUCAUCGGCCACGGUGAGGAUGUAGGGGCCGUCGGUGUUGCGACGGAUUGCGCCUUUGCGCGGCUGUCUGAUGUGCUUGAAUCCCGCGUCUGCGCGACGCUUCGGUUUCCACAGCCUCUGGCAGCCUUCACCGUGGACCUGGCUAGCCAUCUGAACCCGCUCCUUCACGGAUACUCCUUCAAGGCUGUCUCACCAGUGGAUGCAGUCGAGCACGGUCCUCGUGCAGGGCAGGUGCCGCUGCUUCUGAUCCAUGCCGACAAUGACGAGGUGGUGACCGUUUCCCAAGCUCACGCCAUUCACUCGGCGGCCUCGGCGCCCAAGGAGCUUGUCGUGGUCCAGCAUUGCCAUCACGUUGGCUGCUUCUUCAAGGAUCGGGCCAGAUAUUUGAAGCUUGUCGCUGACUUCUUCGACUCAGCGUUUGCUGCAGCCGAGCGCCGCAUCGGAGAAG